GUACAGCGUGAUAUUCCGCGUCCUCUCACCCAAACCUGACGUCACUGACAGAAAAGCUCCGAGACCAGGAGGAUCAUCUCCCGCGCUUACACCAUGGAGGGAAUCAGACGCUCAGUGCGACACACAGUCUCUCCAGCUCAGGAGCCCGCACUUCCGCUCUCAACUCCACACCCUGAAUCUCUUACUCGCUCCAAGUCUGCGAUGUUCAAUUCUGCCCACCAAUAAAAUGGCUACGCCUCUAUUUAAUAGUGACAGGUCUAUAUUGAAAGCAGUCAUUUCAUUGGCUCCUGGUCUCUAGGCGGAACUCAAAAGCGUCACAGGAAGAAUCGUAAAUACCGCCCCGGGGGCGGAGCUCUGAAAUGCAAAUUCCUCUUCUCUUGUACAGACUGAAAUAGAGCCGAGGUGUAAAGGGAAAACUGUGAGGAAUCGGCUGCGAGUUCUGUCCUGUAUUUAUCCUGUCUGUGUCCCUCACAUUCCCCUCCCCCACUCACAUCUCCAGCCUCAUCUACUGGGUCGGUCCAACACACAGAGGGUGAAUGUGGAAUAAGAAUUCUGGCGCAGCCUUUACAGCCAGAGGAGCUCAAUACAGAACCAACAUGGAGUCGUUUAUAUUCUCAACUCCCGAAAUUAAAAUCAGGAGGAUUGAGGUGAAGUUGGAGAAUGAAGAGCCGGACAGUAAGAGACUUAUGAUCCCGAUAAAGAGGGAAACGGAUUCUGUGUCUGCCGGGAGAGUGAGUAUCACUGCAGCCUUUAAAUACAUGAAGAGAAUUAAAAGAGUUCAGGGAUCCCAAACAUGGAAUCAAUACGAGUAAUCUCAAGUUACACCGAGAAUGAGCCAGAAAUAUUACAGAUAAAGGUAGAGGACGAAGAGCUGGAAAUGUUGCCUUUAAUAAAUAGUGAGAAGGACGACUAUCAGGGGCCAGUGAUGAGGAAGCCAAGGCAGGGAGUGGUGGGCUCGUCAGGAAGGGCUGCUCGAUUCUCUUCUGGGGAGAACAACGCGCUGAUGGGCCGGAUUGUGCAGCAUUACGACUACAUUAUUGGGAAGGGGGCAGCCCGGACCCCCGCCUGCAGGAAGAAAGCAAUAUGGGGGGAGAUAAGAGAUGCUGUGAAUUCUGUCAGCAAUUUUCAGCGUUCAGUCGCCAAUUGUAAAAAGCGCUACCAGGACAUUAAACGUCUCCUGAAGAAGAAGCUCUCGGCUGCCAGGAAACAGAUCAGAGUCGGGGUCCCACCUCAAUACUUGGGCUUGUUCCCUUAUGAAGAACAACUGCAUCAACUGCUGGGCCCAGAGCUGGAGGGAGGAGACCGGGACAUGGAUCACCCUGAAGUCGUAGGGCCCUCAACACGUUCUCGUGCAAGAAUUCACCACAAGUCCCACACAGGGGGAACCUCAACAUCUGCUCCGUGUGCCCCCCCAGGUCGGCUGUCUCCCCUGGGACCAGACCCAGAGGCCAUGGAAGGAGAUGACUUUUCCUCUGAAGAUCCCUCCCUCUGUGUUCCUUCAGGAUUUGCCCAAAUCUCCGAGCCUCUGGCUGAUCUAGAUACAGCCUCCAACCUAUCAAGUGAUGGUGAGUCAAACAAAAGAAGGUUACGAGUGGUAGACACAGCGGACACAACGUUAGCUCCUCUACUUCUCCUCAAACGUUCUUCUGCAAGGUCAGAACCACCGAUGGAACGGUCACCUGGAACUAAUCAGAGGAUGGCAGAAGGUAUGAUGGCCCCAAGCCAUAGGUUAAAUGAAGUGCAAGCUCCUCCCCCACCGGAGCUACAGGAAGAGACUAAGGAUCGUUGCAAUGGCAUGGACGCUCUCAUCCGCGAGGUGAGACUGUUGAGGGAGGGCCAGGAACGAUUCUUAUCUCACCACCUUCAGCUCAUGGAGCAACAAAAUCAAAUCUUCAGGCAAAUGAUGGGUCUUGUAGCUGCGUGUGUUCCCAUCCCCCCUGCACAACCCCAGCACCCCCAUUCUACAGCUGCGGGGGACCCUAUAUUUGUAAGAAGGAGAGCACAUUAUCCAUCUGUGGCUGAAGAACAACACAGGGACUUUAAGCCAACGUAGGACUAUUUCUGCCAAUAUCAGGUCCUUAUUCUCAUAUAAAUUGACUGUAUUUACACUUUGUAUCCUGAGGAUUCUCAGACGAGGGCAGAAUGAAGCGGAGGUCAGAGUCGAACCCACGGCCUUUGCUCCCCAUAUGCUGCAUACGGUUUAUUUUCUAGUUGGAAGAGUCAUUAAUAACAUUGAUAUUAAUAACAUUGAUUUUGGGGGGAACCUUACAGGCCCUGCUGCUGCCUCAUCUUUUUCAUUUCUCAUAUUUUUGUAUGAAUUUUUUAUUUGUAAUUUCACUCGCUUGCCUUCUUUAAUGUUUAAAGCUUAAA